AUGUUGCGAUAUACUGGUCGAAAGGCUGGAUUCGCACAACGUACCCAGGCGGAGGUCUCUUCCACCCCUUUCCUGCCCGAAGUUGAUACCGGAAAAUGGCGUUCCCCAGUGACUCAAUCUGCUAUAAAACACGACAUUCAAAAAUUUUCAAAUCUAACAAAAGAGCCAGAUUGUCCAUUUCUGAGGGCCGCAAUCGCAAAAACAUACAAUGCGUUCCGAUUACCACAACCCGUAAAAAUGAUUCAUCUUAACGAUGUUUUCCAACAAGAUUUGGAUAUAUGGGAUAAAUCACCGGGCCUACCAUGGAAGGAGCAAGGAUACAAGACGAAAAAUGACAUCCGGAAGGACCCCGAAGCUGUCCGCCGAGUACGAUACUUUGCGCAUAAGAUAAAGAAUGGCAUUCAGAUGUCCCCACCUGAUUGUAUGGCCAACGUAAGAUCUCACGUCUGUCCACGUGAUGAACGAAAAAUUCGUGCCAUCUGGGGCUAUCCAGCUACCAUCACCUUCAUCGAGGGUAUGUUUGCGCUACCCCUCAUUCGGGCAUACCAGGAGAAACAAAAUCCAAUAGCAUAUGGCUAUGAGACUGCAAUUGGAGGUGCCCGCCGCGUGUGCCGCCGCUUUGCUAACGGCAGAAAAUUCGCUGCCCUUGAUUUUAGUGGCUUCGACAAGACCGUUCCUGCAUGGUUAAUAAAAUAUGCAUUCAUGAUUCUCCAGUCAAACAUCGACUUCGUGAAUUAUGAGGAUCAUGGAGUCGCAGACGCUGAAAGGAUGAUACGUCUGUGGAACUACUUGGUACGGUAUUUCAUCUAUACUCCGAUACGUACAGCUGAUGGCCACUGUUUUAGAAAAUCAUCAGGAGUAGCUAGUGGCAGUUAUUUUACCCAAUUGAUAGAUUCAGUCUGUAAUCAUAUCUUGUGUGAAUGGAUAUGUCUCACGCAAGAUGUUGAGUUGAAAGAUCUCCUAGUGAUGGGUGAUGACUCUAUACUGAACGUCGGUGUUAGCUUUUCGCUUCGGGAAGCUUGUGCCUUGGUUGAAACAAUAGGCAUGAAGAUCAACCUGUCAAAAUCCCAAGUGACAGAUGAGCUUUAUACUCUAAAGUUCUUAGGCUAUAGUCUUGGAGGUGGUUGUCCUUUUAAACAACAUGACGAUUGGUGUUGA